ACCAAUCAAGAUUUCAGGCUGUCAAGAAAGAUCGCAAAGUCGCCUACCUAAGCUGACUCUGGAUCAAACCCCGACCCUCGAUACGGACUCCACCAAAACAAAAUGGUUGCCAUAGCCGUCAUUUGUUGUCUUCUAAACAAUACACAGUCAAAGAGCCCCACACAAGCCUUCGGUCAGCGACGCUUCCAUCAAGCCCUCCUCUUUUCCACCAUGGGUCCAUGGUCACGUUGCCAACAUGGUCAUCGUUCUGCCAGAGAAGAGACGCAACGCCUACUUGAAACGUUGGCAAUGUCGUCUGAAGAGUAUGAUUCAGACUGCGAUUCUGUAACAGAAACUGAAGGAAGUGGAGAUGAGGUAGAAGUGGUUCAACCAAGCUCAGAAACAGUAACUACAGCUCCUCGUUCAUCAAAAGAGAAUGAUAAGUUCAAGCCUGCUAGAAACACGAGGGGAAGGAGGCUGAGGGCUGCUGCUAAAGAGAGGUCAAGAGUGUGGGCGCAUUACACCAGGUAUGACGAACCAAUAAUGGGGAUUGUAGAUGGAUAG